GCUGGUCGGGCGCCUUCAUCUACUCUGAACUGGCGCGGGGCGGGGUUGGGCAUGGACCAUCCCGCGGGUCUGGGGCUGCAGCCUUCUUCCCAUUCCGAGGCCAGGAUUUCUCCCCACGAAGUGGGAGUAGAGGCUGGACCCCUCUCUCGGCCGGUCCUCCUGUGACCAGGCUGAAGCUGCCCCUUUUCCUCCAAACCUUGCCCAAGCUAAAGGUUCUGGCUGUUACACCCACACUGAGACUGGGCUCUGGGCCUGUGGCCGCAGCUCAGCUCUCUGUCCUCCGCCUCCCUUGGGGCCCACCUGGCCCCUCUCCCCAAAGCCACUUCCUUGGGCACUAGAACCUGCAAGACUGCAGCCUCUUGCCUCUCCCACUGGGAGCGGCUUCCCUUCUCCUGCACUUCUUAUGGCAGCUGUGCCCCCAAAUCUGUGUCCUGGGCCCUCCAAUUGGAGCAGAUAAUCAGGCUGCCAGGAAGGUUGGUGGGGUUUCUGCACUAAGGUGGAAACCCAGCAAAAUUUGCCCUGCCUCUGCCCUGUACCUCUGUCCCACAAGGCGGUUCCCCCGUUCCCCCCUUAGAUCCCAGGUUUGGCGAAUCCUGCUGAGAGUGAGCAGUAGGAGGAUUUUCGAAAGCUUCCAGCUUGCCACCUGGAAGACGGUCACUUAAUUUUGAGCAAAGGAGAUAAUAGGAGGCAGGCCCCUGCAGGAGUCUUGGAGGGUCGGAUGCAGCGCCGGAUGAGGAUGAGGCGUGGCGGAAGAUGCGUUUGGCUCUGCAGACACUGCAUCGGGCAGCAGGGGACUCUGGGAGGCUGGUGCAGCCAGAAGGCAUGGCUCUUGACAGCCUUCUAGUAGAAUCUCUGGAAUUGUGCAUGUGAGUGGGGAUGCCAUUUGGGGUACCAUUUCCAGAAAGCGUUCCUUGACCUUCCCAGUUGCGUCAGGUGUCCCCCCUGUGCCCACAGCCCUCUGUGCUCCCCUCUGGUAGCACUCCCCAUUCUGUCAUAAAAUGUUGUGUUGAUGUGUCUGUUCCCCCGCACUGGCCCGUGAUCUCCACAGGGACCCAGCCUGUGUCAUCUAUCUGAUCCUCCAAACCUUGCCUAGGACCUUGCCAACCCAGAGUAGAAAUAAAUACCUUAGUGAAUGAAAGAGAAAAUUAAUCAACUCAGAACCUGUGCUUAUUGUAACCCAGUUUUGAUGCUGGUUUCCUUUGUGUCUCACAUGACAAAGAGAAAUUUUUUAAUUAAUAAAAAAGUCAUCACUAUCCUCACUACCACUCCUGCUCUGUGUUGGCAUUGGCUCCGGAGGAAAUUCUCCAGGCUGGACCCCAUCCCUGCUGGGUCUGGCUUCCGUGCCUGAGGCUACUUGUCUCUUUAACCUAUUCUGGCCCCCUGGCAGUGCUGUUAUGUAAACCUGGGAGGGUGGGAAAAGGGAGAGCCAGGCAGCUGUCACCCUCUCCCUACAAUUCAGGUCAUAUAAUACUUUAGGGUUCCUGUCACAUAGAGGUGCCAAAAAGCUUGGAUGAUGACUUUGUUUUUAUUGAUACAACUUUCCCAAGAGCUAUAAGCUUCUUUUAACUCCUCUGAUACCUAGGUUCAUACUCCACUUAGCUGUUCCACAGCUUGUUCAUACUUUUAGUAAUGCCAGACACAUGACAUACCUUCUAAUCUUCUCUUUCCCCUUCUAUUCCAUCUCAGCUUUUAGCAGAAAUAUAAUGCAUUAACUACUGAUCUGAUUAUUUACAUUUAUAUAUAAAUCCUGAGAGUACAAGAAACAUGUCAGUCACUAUCAUACUCCUGAUGAUUAAUAAUGUUAAUGAACAAAGGAUACAAAUAUUAUGCUGUUUUUCAGGUAGAGAAACAGAAAUCCAUAGAAACGAAAUAUUUGCAAAAGUGACUUCUUGCUAUCAGGCCAAAAAAAAAAAAUCACCCUUUCAUAUUUUGGGGAAUGAGGGGGAUAUGGACAGGGUCUUGCCAAAUAGUUGAGUGCCUUGAUUAGGCUCACAUUUAUCCUCCUCGCUCGGCCUCCUGGGUACUGGGGCUCCAGGCAUGUGCCGCCACGCCUGGUACUUUGGGGGAAUUUUAACAGCCACAUAGAUGAAAUGCACUGACAGAGUAUUCUGAUUGUGCCCACUGUUUUGCUUAGGUGGGGGAUGGAGUCUGGAUUCAAGAAGCAGGCUUUUGUGUCUUGGUGAAAUUUACCUGGUGCAAGAGUAGUGUUAGUCAUUACUCUGCCCACAGGCAUGCCCAUGUGAGGAUCUCUUACCCCUAUUCUUACUCACCCCCAUUUUAUAGGAACAGAGUAGGUAAGGAAAAUGGAACUCAACAUCACAUGUAGGCCAGAAUCCAAAGGCAGCAAAAAAAGACUGCUUCAGGCUGAAUGUGGUAAUGUACACUCUUCAGCCUGGUACUCAGAAGGCUGAGGCAAGAAGAUCUUUAGUUCAAGGCCAGCCUGAACUACAUAGCAAGACCUUGUUUGUAGAGAGGGGAAAAAAGGCUACUUCCAUCCAUUCCACAGACUUGUUCCUCGGUCCCAAUUUACAUAAUUUACAUGUUUUGUUUCUGCUUUUAUCACAGUGUGAACCUGCAUUUUAAAAAUCAAAUGGUUUCUCACAAAUCUGGUUUUUGCCUCUUUAAUCUAAAGACCUAAUGAUACCAGGUUCAUUUAUUCACAAAGUACUAAUCCUGAGUAAUUUAUAAUAACUGCCCCAUUUUUUAGGUACUGUGUGCUCUUUAGGCCUCUCUGGUUCUCAUGGACUCCUUCACUCAUUUGCCUAACUUAUGCACAUUUUAAUGCAGGACCUUAAAGAAGGAAAAAACACGCACACAAAAACCUUAAAAGCAGUUGGAAGGAGGCAGUGGGGAAUUGUGGAAUAGUGUUUACUGAUGAGUUGGACUCCCAGCUCUGCCUCAUGCUUUGUGACACUGAGUCCCUUUUUUCCCCUUUGGACCUCAUCAAGAGGCUGUGAAGCAACUUUCCCCACACAUGGUACAUAGAGGCUUCUCCAAAUGGCAGGAGCUGAUCAGGUGACCAGACAAAGCCUGAGUGUCCUUACCUGCUAGCCCUGCUCGCUGUCUUUGAGUUCUCUUGGACAACUCAGUUGGUAAUUCAGGUGCAUAUGCAACUGCCAGGAGACUUGCUAGAAUGUAAACCAGCAGUUGGGGGUGGGAGAGAUGAGCUCAUCCUACCCUUCCCCUCCUCUACCUCUGAUCUUUCUAUAGUGCCCUUUGGGACUCUGCACAGUUUAAAAGAACUCAAGAGAUCCAUUUUUCCCAGUGCUCAGAGUAAACCUGCUCCCUUGAGAAACUGGAGCAAAUAAUCAGUCCAUAUCUUUAUUAAAACCGUCUCGUCAUUAUUAUGUUAAUACCCAGCAAGUUUCAAAGUAACCUGCUUUUAUUUAGGGUCCACAGAAGGAUGAGACAGUUCCUAUCCUCAGAGACCUCUCACUUAGAAUCCCUACCCACAUCACUUCCAUAACCAGUAGGAGGAAGUGACACUAAGGGAGUAGCCUUGCCACCUAUUGUUCUUGUUUGUGAGCCAGUAGAGACUUGCGGUAUAAAAAUGACAACAACCUUUGAAGAUAAAGACUUACCCACUCUAGAGUUUUAGAUUUUUAAUUUUUUAAAAUGUCCCAGAGCUAUAAGCUUAAUGUCUUAAUAUCAGGUGGAUGAUUAAGAUCAUAAUGCCUUUGCUUAUUGCACCUAGAAUUUUGAGAGUAAGUACUAUUUAAAUUCUCCUUAUAUUGUGCGUGGUCUUUACAUACUUAAUACAUGACUGUAAACUAAAUUAUAAUUUAAAUUUUAAAAGUUAGGUUUCAACUAGAUAUGAUGGUGCAUACCUGAAAUCCCAGCACUUGGGAGGUUAAGGCAGGAGACUCAGUUGAGCCCAAGAAUUGGAGGCCAGGAAGGGCAACAUAUUGAGGCUGUCUUAAAAAAAAAAAAAAAGAUUUCUGACACUUUGAUUCUUACCUGCCCUACCCUUUUGCUGAGGAAAGGCUGGCAUCACUCAUUCAUUUAGGUUAGCCAUAACACACUUGCCUGGCAUUCUGCAAACACUAACCAACCCCUGUUCUAUGCCAGAUCCUGAUCAAACUCUAAAGACAGAAGUAAAUGUGACAUGGUUCCUGCCUACAUGGAGCUCAUGGGCUAGAGAAUGUGUAUAAUAACUGAAGUAAUGCUAGUAGAAACUAUAAUGUGGCUAUCUGUGAGUAAAAGUUCAAAUCCUAGGGCCAGGGAUUUAGCUCAGUGGCGUAGGUACCUGCCUGGCAAGGGCAAGGUCAUGAAUUCAAUCCUUAGUACCAAAAAAAAAGUUCAAAUCCUCCAUCCUAGUAAGUGGCAUUCAAAGUGUUUCAUCCUCUUGAUUUUUUUGUGUAUAAAAUGACAGCUCACUUGGUUAAUGCUAGGACCCAGCAAGUACUGCCUGUUAAGUACUUAGCACAAGCUAUAGCUCUGAUUAUUAUAGGUGAUUGGUGGUGAGGAUGCCCAAGACAUGACACCCUGAGGAAGUUAAGUCAAAGAAGGCUCCCGGAAUCUAGUCUUCCAGGUUGAGUAGAAGUUCUCCAAAAGCAAGAUGGAAGAAAGAUGUCUCAAGAAAGAAAGCAAUGUAUAAAGAACCAUAGGUGAGCACUGCCCCACUAAUUUUUAGAGAGGAAGGCUCAGGAUGCAGAAGUUAUCAGGGCUCUUAUUUCACCACACCAAGUAGACGAGGUAGUAAGGAAUCAAUGAAGGAUUUUCAGCAGAAAGGUGAACAUGCUAUGCCUCAGUAAAUUCUCUCUGAUAGCAUGUGAAGAAAUAAUUUGCAGUGGGAGAGGCAGUUGCUAUUGCUUGUUUCCACUGUUCCCUUGAACUAGCCUAAGUAAUCAUCAGAUUACCUGUACUUUUCUGGACCCUAUCCCAGACCUAUAGAACCUGUGUCCAGGCCAGAGCCCAGGAAUUCAUUGUUGGGUUGCACCAUGUGGCUCUGAGUGUGGCUGGGCUUGAGAACUACUGAACUGAAGGGGGGCCUAGGGUUUUGUUCAAAGAAUGGGGGUGCCUAAGGGAAGUCUUUUCCAUAAGCAGGAAUAGAAUUUAUGACAUCCAGUUUCCUGUCAGAAUGCUUACCCAUGCCUACCAUAUGCUGUGGCCUCUGCUGAAGGAUGGGAAUACAGUCAGUCAUUCUUGGGGCACAGUCUCUGCCCUUGAAAAGUUCAUAGCAUUGUGAAGACAGAUUUCAAUAAAAUAUAUAUAAUCAUGUCUAUUCUAGAGAGAUGUAAAAAAAAAAAAGUGUUAGAGCAUCCCAGGACAAAGCCCAAUUUAUUCUGCCUGUGGACCUAGGAAGAUGUAACACCCAAAGUGAGCCUCUCAAGAAGAGAGGGAAGAGGCAGAGGGAACAGCAGCCAUGAAGGUGUGAUUGCAUUAUGUGUUUGGGGAAAGGAAUGUUUUAAUGACUUUUUUUUGUGGCAGGAUGUGCAGAAGCAGAAAAGGACUGAGGAGAGGCAUUCUUGUGUCCUGGAAAGGGUCUGUGUUUGUGCCAUUCAGUUCUGUACCCAUACCGCCACCUUUACCCUUCAAACCCUGGGUGGUUUCUGCUGAAUAGCUAGAUGGUCAUGCAUCCUGGACCAGAACAUGGUACAAUCCCAUAAACCAUCUCCCCUCUAUCCCCUCCCGAGACUCUUGAGUCCUUGUGAUUUCCUCCAUUCUGAAAUGAGUAGACCUCCACUUCAAAGAGUAAUGUGGCAAAACUAAGGCAGAAACCAGGGGCCAGAGGGGUUGCCUAUACUGGAGGUUCUUAUUAGGAAAUUAGGGUUAUGUUAAAUAACAUGGACUCGGGUUCAAAGAGACCUCAAAGGUCACUUCUCUUGUCCUCUGUCCUGUGCUUCAAGUAAUAAAUUUGGUUUGGGCAAGUCUCACUUAGUAAGUUUCCCUGUCAUUUCUUCCAGGGCAGAAGAGGAAAGAAACUAACGGGUAUUGAGCACCUACUGUGUGCCAGGCCCAGGCCAGGUCCCCUUCACCUCCAGCCAGUCUGUACAGACUUGCUGCCUGCUAUGUCACCGGGAACGCAAAGGCUGGGAAGAAGGCCCUUCACAAAACGGACUGGUGUUACAGGGUGAAAAGCUACCCCCUGACUUCAUGCCAAAGCUCGUCAAGAAUCUCCUAGGCGAGAUGCCUCUAUGGGUCUGCCAGAGUUGCCGAAAGAGCAUGGAGGAAGAUGAAAGGCAGACAGGUCGAGAACAUGCAGUGGCGAUCUCCUUGUCACAUACAUCCUGUAAAUCACAGUCUUGUGGGGGUGACUCUCAUUCCUCCUCGUCUUCUUCUUCAUCAUCCUCAUCAUCCUCCUCCUCCUCCUGCCAUGGGAACUCAGGGGACUGGGACCCCAGCUCAUUCCUGUCGGCACAUAAGCUCUCAGGCCUCUGGAACUCCCCACACUCCAGUGGGGUCUUGCCCGGCAGCUCGCUCGGGAGCCCUCCUGCCAUCCCUGGUGAGGCUUACCCCAUCUCGGAGCACCACCAGCACUCAGACCUCACUGCUCCCCCUAACAGCCCCACUGGCCACCAACCCCAGCCAGCAUCUCUGAUCCCUUCUCACCCUGGCUCCUUCAACUCACCUCCCCACCCACACCUGAUGCCUACCACCCCAGCAGCACCUUUUCCCGCCCAGGCUUCAGAGUGUCCUGUGGCUGCUGCUGCCACUGCUCCCCACCCACCAGGGACAUGUCAGAGCCCCCACCUGCCCUCCACCAGCAUGCCGCUCCUGAAGAUGCCUCCACCAUUCUCAGGAUGCAGCCACCCCUGCAGCGGGCACUGCAGUGGGCACUGCAGCGGGCCUCUCCUCCCGCCACCAAGCUCUCAGCCACUCCCUAGCACUCACAGGGAUCCCGGGUGCAAGGGGCACAAGUUUGCACACAGCGGCCUGGGCUGCCCACUGCCCCAGCCCUGCGAGGCAGACGAGGGACUGGGCGAGGAAGAGGACAGCAGCUCUGAGCGCAGCUCCUGCACCUCAACCUCCACCCACCAGAGAGACGGGAAGUUCUGCGACUGCUGCUACUGUGAGUUCUUCGGCCACAAUGCGCCACCCGCUGCCCCGACGAGUCGGAAUUAUACUGAGAUCCGGGAGAAGCUCCGCUCAAGGCUGACCAGGCGGAAAGAGGAGCUGCCCAUGAAGGGGGGCACCCUGGGCGGGAUCCCUGGGGAGCCCGCCGUGGACCACCGAGAUGUGGAUGAGCUGCUGGAAUUCAUCAACAGCACGGAGCCCAAAGUCCCCAACAGCGCCAGGGCCGCCAAGCGGGCCCGGCACAAGCUGAAAAAGAAGGAAAAAGAGAAGGCCCAGUUGGCAGCAGAAGCUCUGAAGCAAGGGAAUCGUGUUUCUGGAAGCCAGGAACCAAGGCCUGCCAGGGAGACACUGUUGGAGUGGCCUGACCAGGAACUGGAUCGGGUCAACAGCUUCCUGAGCAGCCGUCUGCAAGAGAUCAAGAACACUGUCAAGGACUCUAUCCGCGCCAGCUUCAGCAUGUGUGAACUCAGCAUGGACAGCAAUGGCUUCUCUAAGGAGGUAGCUGCCGAGCCUGAGCCCCAGACUUUACGCCCCUCAAACCUCAAUGGCUCCUCAGAGCAACGGCCUGACAUCAACCUUGACCUGUCCCCUUUGACUUUGGGCUCCUCCCAGGGCCACACGUUACAAGCUACAGGUGAGCCAGCCCCACCAUGGGCAGAAAUGAGAGGCCCCCACCCACCAUGGACAGAGGUGAGGGGUCCCCCUCCUGGUAUCACGCCUGAGAAUGGGCUGGUGAGGAGACUCAACACUGUGCCCAACCUGUCCCGAGUGAUUUGGGUCAAGACACCCAAGCCAGCCAACCCCAGCUCUGAGGAGCCAAGUUCAAAAGAGGUCCCAACUUGCAAGCAGGAGCUGCCUGAGCCUGUGACCACAGGUGGAAAGCCACGGAAGGGCAAGAGACAGGGCUGUCAGACCAAGAAGAGUGAGGCGAUCCUGGUUCCCCGGCCCCCAGCAAGCAUAGAGGCCCCCAGUACCAAGAGCCAGAUGUCCAGUCCCAAGCAGAUAGGCAAGGGCCCAGAGCCUCCCAAGGUGGGCAACUUCACUGAAGCCGAAGAGGGUAGCCGGGGAAGCCGACCAGGACCGGGUUGGGCUGAUAACUCCAAAACUGAGAAGGAGAAGGGCAGCUCCUGGAGAAACUGGCCAGCUGAGGCCAAGGCACGGCCUCCAGAGCAGGAGUCUGUGCAGCCCCCUGGCCCAGCAAGGCCACAGAACUUGCCCCAGGGCAAGAGUCGAAGUCGCCGGAGUCGCAACAAGCAGGAAAAGUCGGCCUCCUUGUUGGACGAUGUAUUCCUGCCCAAGGACAUGGAUGGGGUGGAGAUGGAUGAGACUGACCGCGAGGUGGAGUAUUUCAAGAGGUUCUGUUUGGAUUCUGCAAAGCAAACUCGUCAGAAAGUUGCUGUGAACUGGGCCAACUUCAGCCUCAAGAAAACCACUCCCAGCACAGCUCAGUAAGCCUUCUCUAGGUCAAGCUUCUUCAGGGCAUCCGGAGGCCCCGACUGCCAGCUGAAGGUCUGCGAGUUCUCCUCCCGUGUGCCCUGACCACCUGCCCUAACCCUUGCUGCUCCUUCCAUCCUGGACCAACCAAAAGCUGAAUGGAUGCCACACUGCGCAGGGGUCCUUCAGAGCCUCUGAUGAGCUGUUUCCUGGUGCUACGCAGCCUCCAUACUCAGAGACUGGGGACUGGGCUGGCCUGUGGGCCAGCGGCUGAUGGUACUGCUGGCCCAACACUGCUUUGUGUUCAGUUUUAUUAUUUUUUUUUUUCAAUUCUUUUGAUACUGUGAAGAUCUUUCAUGCUGAAAGAUAAAGCAACAUUUGAACACAGA